CGUCGACAAGAGCCUCCCAGAGGGACGCGUACACACAGCGACUUGGUACUCGCUCGAUCACCACCAGUGGGGCAGGAUAGUCGCUUAGUCGUCGAAACGUCGAGAUUCCUCGUGCGUCUUCGUAUUCGUUGUACCGCGUCGAGCGUCGAGCGUCGAGCCGUGACGGUGACGGUGACGGUGACGAGAUUCGUGCUUGGGUCGCGCUCAGCUGACUCUUAUCUUGUAUAGGAGAGCGUCGAGAACGCGCCGCGAACGGAUAGCAGGACGAGACUAAUAAGAGGGUAGUGCGUGUGCGCGUGGCCGACGUCGCGAGAGCAGCCGCGCGACGACAUCGGUAUUCGGUAGCCGUAGCAUCGCCCGCGAGAAAUCGUUCGCCACCCGAGGUGCGAAGAGGUUAGGUCGACCCCACCGACUCUCCGACGUUGACUCGACAGUUUUUCUCACGCUCGGAGCGUCGUCGCGACGCGCUAGGGACUUUGGCGCCGCCGCGCACCCGUGCGGCCGUACCAUACAGCGAGCUUGGCUUGAACAGCUGAUUCACCACACCGACACCGGCGAAAUGUCAAAACCCGGGCAAUUUAUUCUACGCGUCCAGUCAUCAGAGGGAACAAAGCGUAUAGAAGUGCUAGCUUCUGAUACACUUUCUCGACUUUACGAAAAGGUGUAUGAAGCCUUUGAUUUAAAUAGUUUUGGAUUUAACCUCUGUAAGCAACGAAAUCAGAAAGAGCCACUUACAUCUACUCGAAGUAGAACGGUGUUAGGGACAGGUCUUUCCCAUGGAGAUAUGCUUUACCUUGUGCCAUCCAAUGGCACCCAAUUAUGGAGUGCUCCGUCAACCAGCAGUGCCUCCAAUAAUGCUUCUACAGAACCAGGGUCAAUUGAUACCACAAAUGGAAUUACAAAUCGCACAUCUGGUCUUUCACGAUCUCUGACAAAUGUAGUUGAAGAUGAUGUCGAUGAGCAAUUAUGGAAGCUAGAUGGAAAAAUCCAGCGUAAACGCGACGAAAAACUCUGUCGACAUGGAGCAAAAGGAUGCUGCGUGCAUUGCUCGCCUCUGGAACCUUUCGAUGAGAUUUACCUGAAAGAACAAAAUAUCAAGCACCUGUCCUUUCAUUCACAUCUUAGGAAGCUCACUGCCGGAGUUGAUAGGGGCAAGUUUAUACAAUUAGAUGACAUAAGCUGCCGUAUAAAGACUGGCUGCAAGGAUCAUCCGCCAUGGCCGCGAGGGAUAUGCAGCAAAUGCCAACCGAACUCGAUCACUCUGAACCGCCAGACUUAUCGACAUGUGGAUAACGUCAUGUUCGAAAAUGCUAGUUUAGUAGAACGUUUUCUUAACUACUGGCGUAGCACUGGGCAUCAGCGUAUCGGUUAUCUAUACGGAAGAUACGAGGUACAUUCGGAUGUCCCGCUAGGAAUUAGAGCAGUCGUUGCGGCUAUAUAUGAGCCACCGCAGGAAAGUACAAAAGAUACGAUAAGACUUCUGCCGGACGAGAGGGAAGCGUUAGUCGAGGAAUUAGGCCGGACACUUAAUCUGAGGAGAAUCGGAUGGAUUUUCACCGACCUCAUAGCCGAUGAUGUCAAGAAGGGAACGGUCAAACACGUUCGCAAUAUAGAAAGCCAUUUCCUAUCUGCUCAAGAAUGCAUUAUGGCUGGAUAUUUUCAAAACCGAUAUCCAAAUCCCUGCCGCUUCUCGCCUAAUGGUUAUUUUGGCUCAAAAUUUGUAACUGUUUGCGUCACAGGUGACGAUAAAAAUCAAGUACACAUGGAGGGCUAUCAGGUAUCCAAUCAAUGCAUGGCGUUGGUACGAGAUGGCUGUUUGGUUCCUACAAAAGACGCACCGGAAUUGGGCUACGUAAUCGAGUCGACCGAUAAGCAAUACAUUCCGGAUGUCUUCUACAAGGAAAAAGACACAUAUGGAAAUGAAGUAACAAGAUUGGGGAGACCUUUGCCAGUAGAAUAUUUAUUAGUGGAUGUACCUGCAUCCACACCACUUACUCCUCAAUUCACUUUCUUCACGGAUGACAUCACUCCAUUUCCAGUUGAAAACAGACAAGUUGAUGGGCAAGUUCAGGAAUUUAAUGCAUUGUGCACUUAUAUGCAACAAUUCAACGCGGAUCAAUUUUUGGAGGCAACUUCUGAUUUCCAUUUGCUUCUUUUCAUCGCUACCAUGGACAUGUAUCCGAUGAAGGAUCAUAUGUUACCUUUACUCGAAGCUAUUCGCAAUAAAGAUAAAGAGAAGGCAUUAGAGUGGGCCCAAUCAGAGCAUUGGGCGACAGUGGAGCAGCUCAUAUCCGCGGCUUCUACAUCGUCGCGUUCUCCGCAAGCCACGUCCUUUGGUGGUAGCUCGAGGACAUUGCCUUCCGCGACUGCGGAGGGCAGUGGAGGGGUAGGCGUCGGUACAGAGCCGAUUGCGAAUCCGCCUCCGGAUCAAGCUCUCUGGACAUGUUCUCAUUGCACUUUUCUCAAUGCUGCGGAUUUAGCAGUUUGCGAGAUGUGCAAUUUACCAAGGAUUUGACGCGUACCGUGUCCUUGCGGAUAUAACAAUUGUUUUCUACGCAUCUUUGGCCUUAUUUAUGAGUGAAUAAAAAAAAAAAAAAAGACAAAAGCAAAAGCAUUUCCUUUUCCUCACCUGGUUUUUCUUCCUUUGUUCUGUCUCUCUAACAUUUCUUUUUUUUUACAGGUAGUUUCUAACAAUUUGUUUAGAUGUUUUAAAUAUGAACCUAACAAGAUGUCUUGUAAACAGUUUU